AUGGAAAAUUCAGAACGAUGGUACUUUCAUUGGGCAGAUUGGCUAGUGUUUAGUGCAAUGUUGAGUUUUUCAGCAGGAGCUGGUAUUUGGCAUUUUAAAAAAGCUAGUCAGUCAUCAACGAUUGAAUAUUUACUCGGAAGAAAAAGUCUUAAUGUUUUUACUGUAUCUGCUUCUCUUAUCGCGAGUUUUAUAUCCGGAGUUACAAUAUUGGGUACUCCAACUGAAAUUUAUAAUUAUGGAACACAGUAUUGGAUAACAGUUUUAUCACUUUUAAUAUGUGGAAUUAUUGUUAUUUUUGUUUACUUACCAGUAUUUAUGACUUUACGUUUAAAUUCUUGUUAUGAGUAUUUGGAAAUGAGAUUCAACCGAUCAGUGCGACUGCUAAUAUCAUUUUUUUUUGUAAUUGACGUGGUACUUUAUCAAUCAAUUGUCCUUUACGUACCAGCGCUCGCACUUAAUCAAGUUACGGGAAUAAAUGUUUACGCAAUUAGUGGUGUUGUGUGUUUUAUCUGUGUAUUUUACACCGUUUUGGGUGGAAUAAGAGCUGUCGUUUGGACAGAUGCUUUUCAAGUUGGAGUAAUGAUUGCUGCUGUGGUAACAGUAACUAGUCUGGGUACUUAUGAAGUUGGAGGUCCAUCAGAAGUAUGGAAAAAAGCAUUGGAAGCUAAGAGAAUACAAUUUUUAAACUUCGAUCCUUCGCCGUACACAAGACAUACCUUUUGGUCGGUUUUAAUUGGAUCUUGUAUUUACAGUACGUCCUACAUUGCCGUUAAUCAAACGAUAGUCCAGCGUUAUAGUUCACUGCCGACGAUGAAAGUCUCAAAAAUAGCAAUAGCAGUAUUCACCAUUGGAAUAAUGCUUUUUAUUUCUCUGACAUGCUGGUGCGGGCUCGUAUUAUUAGCUUGGUGGUCUCCGCCAAAGUGUGAUCCAAGAGCCUCAGGAUUAAUUAAAACAGAUGAUCAAAUGCUGCCUGCUUAUGUUAUGCAGAUCGCUGGUCAUUUGUAUGGAGUUCCAGGAUUAUUCACUGCCGGAAUAUUCGGUGCUGCCUUGAGUACUCUAUCAGUAGGUUUGAAUUCAACUUCAGUUGUGCUUUUAGAAGACUUUGUUAAAGGAUAUUUUAAAUUAAAACCCACCGAUCGUAAUUCAACGAUAUUCGUCAAAUCAGUAGUUAUAUUUCUCGGUUUAUUCGCAAUGGGCUUUUUGUUCGUAAUUGAAAAACUUGGCGGCGUAUUAGCUGUCACAGGAAGUUUAUCCGCGAUAGCUGCAGGAACUUCUUUUGGUGUUUUCACUCUAGGAAUGCUCGUACCAUGGGCCAAUUCAAAAGGAGCACUUGUAGGCGCAAUAGCAGGAUUUUCAUUAGCAGGAUGGUCUAGUCUUGGCGCUAAUGCGAUGAUUGCCACUAAGGCCAUUAUUGCAAAAAAACUUCCUGUAGAUUUAAAUUAUUGCUCAGGAAAUGUGAGUCAAAGCUUUAUAAACCAAUUUCCCGUGGAUCACAGUGAGGAUGAUGUGUUCCCACUGUAUCGGCUGUCCUACCACUGGUUCGCCGGCUUGGGAACGAUCACUGUUAUAAUAGUGGGAGUAAUUGUGACCUGGAUAACAGGACCAGAGGAUAUAAUAAAUGUCAAUCGGGAUUUAUUGUCUCCAGUGAUUCAUAGGUUUCUACCGGACCCUAGAAAUAGCUUAGAAUUGGCUAAGUGGCAACAGAGGGCAAAUGGAGACUCACAGGCUUCUAAUUACUUGAAUGAUGGAGCACAUAUAACGACUCCGUUAAACGAAAAUGUACCUCGAUAA